CUGUCUGAUAAAGCGAUGGCUUCCGUGAGAGACAUCCUUGAACUUCUUACCAGAGAGACCUUGGCCUCCGCUGUUGCGCUGGGUGGUUUUUCUGUGCUGCUGUUUAUAUUCUUCCUUGGAAAAUCCAACAGCUUCUUCAAGAGCAAGCACUGCAAGCUUCCUCCAGUGCCAGAGGUUGGAGGGCGACUACCCCUGAUCGGGAAUCUGCUGCAACUGAAGGAGAAGAAACCUUACAAGACGUUCACCCAGUGGGCUGAGCAAUAUGGCCCCAUUUAUUCCAUCCGAACCGGUGCCUCCACUGUUGUUGUUCUCAACACCGCCGACGUGGCCAAGGAGGCGAUGGUGACCAGAUAUUCCUCCAUCUCAUCAAGGAAGCUGUCAAAUGCGCUAACGGUUCUGACCUCCAAUAAAUGCAUCGUUGCUAUGAGUGACUACAAUGAUUUUCACAGAAUGACCAAAAAACAUAUCCUUGCGAACUUAUUGGGGGCGAAUGCACAAAAACAACACCGCUGCCACAAAGAAGCCAUGAUGGACAACAUGUCAAAGCAGUUGAAAGAACAUGUGAAGACCUCCCCUAAUGAAGCUGUGAAUUUUAGGAAUAUAUUUGCGCCUGAACUUUUUGGACUUGCUCUGAAGCUAGUGUUGGGCGAGGUUGUAAACUCAAUUUAUGUGGAGCAGCUCGGUAAGACCUUAACAAAAGAAGAGAUAUACAGGAUUCUAGUGCUUGACUUGAUGGAGGGUGCAAUUGAGGUGGAUUGGCGUGAUUUCUUCCCUUAUCUAAAAUGGAUUCCAAACAAAAGCUAUGAGGAAAAAAUUCGUGGAAUCGAUUUCCGCAGAAAAGCUGUUAUGAGGGCAUUGAUCGACAAGCAGAAGAAGCGAAUUGCAUCUGGAAAGGAAGUAAACUGUUACAUUGACUAUCUCUUGUCAUCACCGGAAACAAAAGAACUUACUGAAGAACAAAUUCUUAUGCUGCUUUGGGAGCCCAUUAUUGAGACAUCAGAUACCACACUGGUGACUUCAGAAUGGGCCAUUUAUGAACUUGCUAAGGACAAAAGCCGACAGGAGCGACUGUCUGAGGAACUCCAAAAUGUUUGUGGACCUAACAACCUCACUGAAGACCAUUUAUCAAAGCUCCCAUAUUUAGGGGCUAUUUUCCAUGAAACCUUAAGAAAGCACAGCCCUGUUCCAAUUGUGCCUUUGAGAUAUGUCCAUGAAGACACCCAGGUGGGAGGAUAUCACAUUCCGGCAGGAAGCGAGAUAGCAAUAAAUAUAUAUGGAUGUAACAUGGAUAAGAACAAGUGGGAGGAUCCUUCCGAGUGGAAGCCGGAGAGGUUUCUGGAUGAGAGCUAUGACAAUGCGGAUCUGUACAAGACGAUGGCGUUUGGAGCAGGAAAGAGGGUGUGUGCAGGGAGCCUUCAGGCUACUUCAAUAGCUUGCGUUGCAGUUGGCAGAUUUGUUCAGGAGUUUGAGUGGGAGCUCAGUGAAGGGGAGGAAGACAACGUGGAUACGCUGGGCCUCACCACACACAAGCGCUACCCCUUGAAUGUGAAGAUCAAGCCCAGAAAUUAAUGGAGUAGUAAUAAUGCUAUAAUUGCUCUAAAUUUCACCAGCGAAUGGGUCUAUGAGACAUGCCAACCUUAUAUGACAAUGACAGAGAUCCCUAGUUCCUAUUCCCAGAUGAAUAAAAUUAUGAAUAGUAUAAUAGUAUUCUCUAAUAAGUAAGGUUCACAUGAUGGCGUAGGAAAUCUCCGAAAUAUUCUCUGACCGAAGCCGGUGGAAGGUAUCAUUAUUAUGCCUUUUGUAUUGCACGCUAAAAUUCAAUUGAAUAAUCUUGUUCAUUGGGGGAGAGUACCAAGGCUCA